AUCCCAUCCUCCGCAGAUAAGAAAGCUCUCUCUCUCUUCACAUUUCAAUAAACUCUCCUUCUACGCCUCAAUUACUCCUCAAAAUCCUCCCAGACACUAAAAGAAUGAUACUUCUUCAAAUCUCAGACACCCUGCAAUCCUAAUACUUUCCCAAAUAAAACAGCACCGGUCCCUUCUCGUUCCGCUCCGAACAACUUAUCCUAAAUCCCCAGCGGUUCUCCGCACGAACAAAAGCAUCAACCCUACACCCCGCCCUCUCAGUCAGAUGUCCGUCGACACACUUCCCCAACCGUUCAACGUAUCGGACCCGCAUGCCCGUUUCGUCAGCGCGUCAUGUCUAGAUCUACUCCUCAUAGAACUAGUGCCAAUGGCUGAGCGACUAGCGGAGGAACUAUCAGGUGUGGAAGGAAAAUUGGACGAAGAAGAGCAUCGCGAAGCUACGUUUUAUAGAUUGGAGACGUUGGGGUUUCGAGUUGGACAAGGGUUGGCUGAGAGAUUUUCACGAGACAGACCCCGAUUCACAGAUAAUCUCGAUGUGAUAAAAUUCCUUUGCAAAGAUUUUUGGACGAUUUUAUUCCGGAAGCAAAUUGAUAAUCUUAAAACGAACCAUAGGGGCGUGUACGUUCUAACCGAUAACGCCUUCCGCCCUUUGAUACGAAUGAGUAUGUCAAAUCGGAACGAAGCCACCGCAAAGGCACAAUCAUACCUCUGGUUCCCCUGCGGGAUAAUCCGCGGUGGCCUAGCAAGCAUGGGCAUAACCGCCACCGUGCAAGCUGAGUCGUCAGACCUCCCCAGCGCAACAUUUCAGAUCAAGACGAUGCAGAUAACGCAACCGCCAACACAGCCACAGCAGCAAUUACAACACCCCAAGUCAUGAACAUGUUGAGAUACCCCCUAACUUGAGUAAAUAAAUACCCUGGCCUGUGCUAUUUUGUAGGGUUAUUUGUUCAUUUUGAUUUAUUUCUUUGGAGUUACUAGGAGUUCGUACAUGUUUACGGAACUUAGGGUUUAAUGAAAUCAAAUUUUCAUGGAUACUUGCCGAGUCUCCUUUCUGCAUUCUAUCUUUCUCUAUUACAUUUUCAUUUUUCAUUUUCUUCUUUUCCUUCGAUAGUCGGUACCAUGGAACAAGUAGGAGGAAAUGCCCCAACAGGUGGUGCCGGAAGGAAUUGAAACGUGACGCAUGUAUUCAUUUUCUAGAGAACAUGCCAUUCUAUUCAUUCUUGUAUUAGGUUCAUCUUUUUUUCUUUAAAGCCGAAACCACCAACCCGGCCCUUGCUGACCCACUACCAAGGCACUCGCUAUAUAGAAAUGUAUGAGGGAAAGCUGAAUGUAUUUCUUUUUUGUUCCAUAUGCGUUGUCUCAUCGCGAUCUAUGCUGUGUAUGCUUGUGUCUGUCUUAUAUGAUGAUCCUAGAGCCUAUCCGCCGGAAAAGGAGGGAGGGAAAUAAAACCAUUAAUUAGUAAACAUGCCUCUCGCUUACAGUUCGUGUUUUUGUGCCUUUCUUCUAUUCUUCGGUUUGGGCGGAUGCCUAGGGCAAGGGAUGCAAGGAAAAAAAAGGAAAAAAGAAAAAAGGUGCGGUUCACUUUUGGGGAAUGAACAAGCGCUAAUGGAUGGACGGUUGAAUUGGAGCGCAAGAAAUUUCAUUUUUGGCUAUGAUUAUGAUGCUGAUGAUGAAGAUGGAGGGUAGGAGUAGAAGGAAUUAAUAGAGCGGGCUGGGUUGGGUUGGGAGUUUACUUUGGGGGUGGGCUCUGAGCAAAUUCGACGCCCUUCUCGAUGUUGCCCUUGAGGCCCUUGAUGCAGACUUCGAGAAGUUUCUUCUCCUGCUCCGUGAUAUCGCCGAGGAUGUUCUGGGCCUUUUCUGCGCCGGAAGUCUGUUUUCAUAUAUUAGUCUGUGUGCAUCUGUCCAAAGUUAAUUCCAUUGGGGUGGCUUGGUUUACUUACGCCCAGUUCUACGGGGAUAGAAAAGAAAUCCAAGCCGACUUUGCUCUUGAUAGCAUCGCCUCCUUCAACACCAGGAAGGUAGACGUAAGUUGGCUCGACAAUACCCUUCUCGCCCGUGGAGGCUUUGAUGAUGCUCUCGGCGAAACUGGGUUCAUUAUUAGUCAAUGUGCAGUACAUGUACAGUACAUUAUAUCCGAAAACCGUUAGAGAGGGAGGGGAGGGGAACUUACCGGAAA